UCUCGUAUUAUCCUCUUCUUCUCUGUCCGUCGGGCUCCAUCGCCCUCGCCGCGCGCGACUACCAAUCCAAUUUGUCGACCCCGUCGCUCGCCCCAUUGCAGAUUUGUGGGAGACCGCCGCCCGCUCUAAUGGCGAUUAAAGUCCCGUCCAUGGAGCUCCACCGCCCCGCACCGUUGCUCUCCGGUGGCCGAGGGAGAACAUGCCUUCAGAAGAAGGUGUUCCUUGUCCAAGCAAAGAGAUUGGGGGGUUUGGAGAAAGCAAGUACGAGGUCAAGAGAGUCUGAACAGCCAAAGAAAAGAGCACCCCUGAUUCGUGGAACUAUUAGCCCACCACUUCCUGUACCAGGAAGCAUACCUCGACCUCCUUAUGUUGGCACAAAAGAUGUACCAGAGAUAGCAAAAGAGAUACAAAUGCACGACAAAGAGAGCAUCGUCCACAUGAGAGCUGCUUGCGAGCUUGCUGCUCGUGUUCUUGAAUAUGCAGGAACAUUAGUGAAACCCUCUGUAACAACAGACGAAAUUGAUAAAGCAGUGCACAAGAUGAUCAUUGAUGCUGGAGCCUAUCCAUCCCCACUUGGAUAUGGUGGGUUUCCAAAGAGUGUAUGCACGUCAGUGAACGAAUGCAUGUGCCAUGGAAUUCCUGAUUCACGCGAACUACAGGAUGGAGACAUAAUUAACAUUGAUGUCACUGUUUACUUGAAUGGUUAUCAUGGGGACACUUCAAAAACAUUUCUUUGUGGAGAAGUUGAUGAAGCCAGUAAACGACUUGUGAAGGUUACUGAAGAGUGCCUGCUCAGGGGCAUAUCAACAUGCAAACAUGGUACCAGCUUUAAGAAGAUUGGCAGAAGAAUAAGCGAGCAUGCUGAGAGGCAUGGACUUGGUGUUGUGGAGUGUUUUGUUGGGCACGGAGUUGGCAGAGUGUUUCAUUCGGAACCAAUUAUAUAUCACCAGCGUAACAACAAGCCGGGUCAGAUGGUCGAAGGGCAGACAUUCACGAUAGAGCCGAUCCUAUCCAUGGGGAGCAUCGACUGCGACAUGUGGGACGACGGGUGGACCGCCGUGACGACGGACGGCAGCGUGGCCGCCCAGUUUGAGCACACGAUUCUGAUCACCAGGACCGGCGCCGAGAUCCUCACGAAAUGCUAGGGGGAAUUCAUUUGUGCUCUGUAUGGAUGUUGGGGGUGGUCGAUCUUCUUGCUAGUUGGCGUACAAAACUUUUUAAAAAGUUCAAAAUUGCAAUGGUGAUUUUAGCCAGAGAGGACAA